AUGCACAGUCUCAUCCGUCGGUACAGCCACUAUCGCACUAGCGUUGCGUCCAGCCAGGACAGAGAUAAGACGCAAUCAGGUCUUACACCUCUCAUCGGACCACGGUCAGCUCGCAGUUGUGUCCGCACAGGAAACAAGAAGCAACCGGCCAAAAUGUGUGAUCACGCCCCGAUGCGCCUCAUUUAUCAUGUUCCCCAAAGCCCACGGGACCGCAACAGCGCGAAAGGCAAACGCGCCGUAGCUGCGAUCAAACUUUUCUUUUACGAGUCCUGGCCACGAGUCCCCCUCGGACUGGGUGGAACGACGGCAGCUCUUAUCUAA